CAAGUACAAGUUGAUUUUUUAUUGAUGAACUGAUACAUUUUCUCUAAAUUAAGGUCUCUUUUGGCUGUAACUUGCGUUUGUAGGCGUUUUCCUUUCACAAACCUGAUUUUUUCAGGAGGGGAGGAGCUCGUGCUUAAUGAGCGGGAACAGCUGCGUGCGCGCGCAUCCAUUUGUUCAGGCGGUACCACUUCCUCGUUCUGCGGCGGGCGGGGGUGGAGGGGGGGUUCCCGUGACGUCCUACCUCGAGCCGGGCCCAGACGCUGCCGCAGAGCCGUCCCUGCUGACAGGAAGCGAGCGCCGGACACAUCCGGGCCCGGCCGUUAUGCGGCAGCGCUCGGAGCUGAUGUGAGCUGCAGGCAGCGGCGCCAUCACCAUCCCGACGUCUGGAGGUGGGGCGCGGGGGGGGACAUGUCCUCGCUAAUGGUGGAGGGGGAGCAGCAGUGGGUACCGACACACGUCCUGGUGACGGUGCUGAGGGGCAGAGGCUUGCAGGGCAAGAGCAAGCACGGCACCAGCGACGCCUACGCCAUCAUCCAGCUGGGGAAGGAGAAGUACUCCACCGGCGUGGCGGAGAAGACCACCGAGCCGGAGUGGGGAGAGGAGUGCACCUUCGAGCUGCAGCCCGACGCGCUGGAGAGCGGGCGGCUGGUGCUGACUGUGAUGCACCGGGGGCUGGUGGUCCAGGACGUGUUCCUCGGGCAGGCGGUGAUCCAGCUGGGCGAGGUGUUCCACCAGAGCAGAUGCCUGAAAAACCACUGGUACAGGCUCCAGUCCAAAUCAGGGAAGAAGGAGAAGGAGCGGGGGGACAUCCAGGUCACCAUCCAGUUCACCCGCAACAACCUGACCGCCAGCAUGUACGACCUGCUCAUGAAGGAGAAAGGAGCGUCCCCCUUCACUAAGCUGAAGGAGCGCAUCAAGGGAAAGAGGAGGUCCAGCCAGGAUGACGCAUCAUCUGCCGUCCUACCUGGGGGGUAUGCCUCUCUGUACCGCCUGCGCCAAAGAAUGCCAAGCGACGGAGGUGGGGAGGAGGACUAUGAAGAUGAUGAGGGGGGUGAGGUCCGGAGAAGCAAGAUGAGAACAUUCUUCUUCAGGGGGAAGCUGCGGAAAACGUCAGACACUCGCUCCAGCACGUCUGUGGGCUCUGAGAGCAGUGAGUCUUCGUCACGAGGGGGGAGCCUCAGUCCUACGGCCGGCAUCAGCGUGGUGGUGUCGGACCUCUCCAACUCACCCAGCAACAGCAGCAACCUGACUGCAGACAACAGUCCAGAGCAUACGGCCAACACGUCUCCAGACUCAACCUCCCUCAAGCCCGAGUUCGGUGAUGAGACCGGUGAGAUCAGCAUCGCUGUGCCGCAGCAGUUUGUUUUUGCAAAUGGAAGCCACGCCCCCCUCAUCCAGCCCCAGGACCCUGGCCUUGGAAAACCGGCGUGUGGCGGGGGUCUGCUGCAGAAGUCUCUGCCUGUGUCCGUGUCUCUGCAGAACCUCAGCACGCGGGCGUCCAUGGACCUUCCCAAAGGUCCUGCAGGGGACGGGCGCCGCUGGUCGUUUGACAGAGCCAGCACGGAAGAGAAAGCUGCCAUGGCAGCGGCUCUGGAGGGAGGCGGGCCUAUGCGGGUCAAGGACACGCCAGAAGCUGCCAACACUUUCUCUGAGGUGGAGUCAGACUGUAAGGGAAAACAACAGAGGAGGGACCUGAUCACGCCAGGGCGGAGUGAGCCUGGGAGGGGUCAGACAUCGUCUAGGAACGAGCCUGAGCAGGUUUCUUCUGGCGCUGGGGAGAAGGUCAGGAGCUGGUUUGGAUCAAAGGACAAACCAAGCCUGGGGGUGUCGCACAUACUAAAGCCCAGCACUGACCCACACCCACCCCUUUUUCUACCUAACCCACCCCCCGGGGGUGUUUCUGUAGAUGGUAGCUCUGUGUUUCCCCCCCUGCAGCACGCUAACCCUUUCCCCCACGCUGAUCUCUCUUCCUGCAACCCGUUCCAUUCUGUCCUGCAGCACAACCCUUUCUAUGAAGACAUUCUUUCUACCAGGGCCUCAACCCCCCCGCUGCCUCCUUUGCCCUAUCUUUCCAGCUCCUGCCCCCCCAUGACCCACCUUAUGCCCCAGCCAAGUAGCUCUAACCCCACCUUGGCGCAUGACUCCCCAACCAUGGAGGACCCCUUCGCUGAUGCACAGACGGAGGGGAUGACCACAGCUACCAGAGGACCUCCUCCACCCAGUGCAGCACCUCCUCCCAGGAACUCAUCGAACCCUUUCAGGAGGGCUGACCGACCACAGGAUGAUGUGGAGUCACAGUGGGACCAAUCUUUUGAAGCAUUUGCAGCAGGAAGGCUGCAGUCUCCGGUGGGCCCAGACUUAAGAACGCAGGAAAGCGUCGUGGGAACCUCCUGGUUCUCCAGAGGAGAGCCCGGAGCCUUCAGGAGCGAUGACCGAGCUUUGAAUCCUGCUAACUCUCAUGCUCUGUCUGCAUGCACUGAAACUAAACGCAACAGCAGCACUAACACCAGCGCAGCCCCCUCCCACAGUGCUGGCACACCGUUCAGCGGGAGCUCCUCCGGACCUGGUGUUUUGGCAGACGGUGGUCUUUUCUGGUUCUCCCAGCCUGACAGAUCCUCCUCAAAGAAACCUGAAACACCCUGUGAGUUGGGGUCUGCUUACUCCAAGGACGCCACCACUUAUGGGUCGCAUGGAAAGACUCAGACAGACCCAGAGGAACCACAACUGGACCAAGAAAACCGGGCUAGGAGCAUGGAGGUCCCGGAUGGGUCCACUUGGGAUUCUCCUGUGAACAACAGCACAGGAGUCCAGAUUUUGGGUUCAAACGAUGACCCGUCUUUUUUCCUGCCGUCCUACAUCUUCACCUCCUCGCCUCAUGCCCAGCAGGGUCUGUUGGACCACCGCCAUGGGGGACUAAGAGAGCAGGGAUCAGACCUCCACUCAGGUUUGACACAUUUUCCUGGUUUCACUUCCACCCCAGACUCUCAGCAGGGUUUUACUGAUGCACAGACUUUGGAUCAUAGCGGCACCAGCUUGUUUCCAAGUCUGUACGUAAGCGCAGAGUCCCAAGAUUACCAAACCUGCCGUUCUCCACCAUCCUUGAACCCAUCCGGCCCCUCAGAGCCAAACCAAACCGUCUCCAAAAACUCUCUGCUCUGGGGUGAAGGAGGUGACUUUCACACAACCGCCGAUGAAACUUUGGCUUUGGAGACCAGCAUCACAGAGAGGCACAAAUCACAACAUUCCUUCAUCAGCUCCGGUCUGAAGAGUCCUCCUGAAGGAGGUGGGGAGGUGCAGCACGCUGAUUCAACGGACCCACGGUCACAAAAGCUGAAGCUGCAGCGCUCUCGAUCAGAGGGCACUCUGGCUCCUCCCACACCCUCUUUUGAGAGUGAUGCUGUUUCUAGGAGACGGUCCUCUUUGGCUCCUGAGGGCAGCCGCCUCCUCUCUCUAACCCCCCCUGCUCCUCAAAGCAUUAGCUUCCCUGUAGCCCUCCCUCCCUGUGCAAACCUUUCAGUGCGAGACGCCUCAAACCCGAGUCCGGAGGGGGCAGAGCAGCAGGCGGUCGUCCAGCGGGACAGCCCCCACCCGGUGAAGCCGUUGACGGCCACUGCCCCCCCAGAGGAGGAGCGCUCAAAGCUGGCCAGCGGCCUAGAGAAGCUCAAGUCCACAAUCCACCCGGGGAGGGGAAGCCACCUGACAGAGCAGGAGGACAAGAAGAAGAUUCUCACAGGAGGGGCGGGCUCGUACUACCACCUGACCCACAGCCAGCUGGUGGCUCUGCUGGUCCAGCGGGAGGCGGAGCUUCAGAGGCAUCAGGAGGAGUUUAAGAAUCAGAAACUGCUGUUGGCCAAACGGGAGGCGGAGCUUAAGAAGCUGAAGCCACAGGUCAGAGACCUGGAGGACUACAUCGACACGCUGCUGGUGCGCAUCAUGGAGCAGAAACCCACCCUCCUGCAAGUGCGCUCCAAGCUCAAGUGACAGGGGUGGGGGCAGAGUGCGCCCCCGCCCACUGGAACAGCUCUUAGGCUUCUCACUGCUCUGCGGUCAUACAUAGUGUUGAUACACGGACACAGAAGAUGCGACGUUUUCCAGCUUGGCCCCGCCCCCCACUUUAGGACGGUCUGAGGGGUUUGAAUGUAGCUCCGCCUCAGGUUGUUUCCAGAUUUAACAAGCCACGUUGGGGGGGGCACGUGCCCCCCUCUUUUGUUUCAACAGGGAAGUUUGGGUUUGGAACCGAACAUGCAGACAGAUUCUGGCUGAGGGGAGGGGGGGUCUGCCUUUUUUAAAAACUGUACACAACUGGAUCACACAACUGACACACAAUAGUUAUACAACAUUCCCACAAUACACAUGCAACCAAAACACAACUGUCACAGAUUAUUCACACAAGUUACACAACAGUCACGCUAUCAAAACAACAGCCACACACAAUUAAAACAACCAUCACACAAGUCACACAACAGUCACACCUUCAAAACACAACAGUCACGGCAUUCACACAACAGUUACUCCUUGAACACACAACUAAAACAGGACUGUUACACAACAGGCACGCAGCCGUAAUGCAACAAACACACAACCAUCACACACCUUAGACACCCAAAGAAAACACAUCCCUCCCUCACACAACUAUUAUACAACAGUCACUCAGCAGCCGCACAACCAAAACACAGCUGUCACAUUGCUGUCACACAACAGACGCACAGAAGAUAGGCAACUGUUGCACGACACACAAACUUUUACACAAGAGUAACACAACUUGCAGAAAAAACGAUCACACAACUUACAAAAACCUCACAAAUGAAGGCAGUAAAUCUUUGUAAAGUUGAGGUUUGAAUUCCAGUGAAGGGGUCCCCAUGAAGUUAUUGUGCGUUCACGUGCACAGAUGUCUGCGUUUGUGCGUUCUUGCAUUUUUAUAGAUGUUUUUCCAGGCAACACAGAAGUGAAAGUAAAACAAGCCAAAUUAGCGGAGGUAAAACGUUCCUCACCACGUGGACGGCGCCGGAACAGAUUGUAGCUUCUGAAUGUUCAAAGUGUUCUUAGACAACUGUUUGCUUUCUUCUGCUCUUUCUGGGUCUUUUUGUACACACAUCCACACUCUUGUGUGUGCUUGCUGAGCUGGCGGGCUGCGGUCACGGCAUUUUCAGGUAAAGAGGGCGUCACUCCUGUUAGAGGCUGGAGCUUCUCUGGUCUUCCUCCCUCCUCCUCUUCCUCCUCCUCACACGUGCCUCCUCCACAAGACUCCUGCACGAUGAGGAGAUGCCUGCAACAUGCUGGUGCCUGACCCCCCCCCCUCCCUCCCCCAGUGUGCGCAUCACAUCUGCUUCUGCUCCAGGUGUCAUAAAGGGAAUCAUCUUUAAUGUCAUAGUGAAAUGCCAAAUGCUGCCUUAUUUCCGCUGUGUUUGGACGCUGCUCCAGAAUGAAUUUUCCUGUCUGGGCAGGUUGGAAAAGGAAAAGCCAUCUGUUCUCCGAAGGCUUUAUUUUUCUGCUUCUUUGUUCUUUAGAUUAAUGCACAGAAUAAAGUGUCUGCAUACCCAUAGGAAAAGAGUGCUUUUACUGUGAAAUGCCAAAAACAAAAGCGAAAACAGUGUUCAGGUCAUUAUGCCUCCGUUAGCAUUCAUGGAUGUUCUUGCACUGAACUGUCAGAAGCAAAGCAGUACGUUUGUUAGUCUAACAGCACUUAGUUAUCUUAUACAGCACUUCCGACUGACGCCUGGCCUCCGCCUCUGCUGCUGAGCGGCGCUUCCAGAAGCAGCCGGCAGCAGGCGCUGAUCCGACGUCCGCUGUCUUCCACGGGGAAGCAUUCAGACGUCAGCCUGAACUGUUUGCUCCCCCAACUGUGUGAACGGGCUCCAGCUGUGGGGCAGGAUUGGAACGUUUACACUCUGUGAUGCAAAUGUUUCACAAUUUUUGUAUAUUUAAUAAAGAAUAUUUUGUGGUUUAUGCUCACAAUAUGUUAAAA